ACAGGCCGCCUGACCCUCCCAGAUGAGGUGGGAGGGGCUUGAGUACACAGCCACGGUAGGGUGGAGGUACAGGCACUAACAAUAUUUAAGAUGCUGCCUCGGUAGGGCAUUCAGACCCGGGAAGGAAAGUGUUCCAAUACCCACUGAGUUCCACUUCAGAGACUCUAGCUUGAGAAAGGCUAAGGAAGCUCGGAGGAAGGAGACCCCAGGAAGAAGGAAGACGGCCAGUGGAAGUCAAAAGCUUCCCGCAGUUUCACAGAACUCGCCGGGUACGGACUCUAGAGGAAGACUUGUCCAACAGCCCACAGACAUGCUGAGGAAGACCUGGCUAUGCAUUAUCCUCGUGGCCUUUGUCAGCCACCCAGUGUGGCUGCAGAAGCCUCCCAAGCGCAAGACACCUGCACAGCUCAAAGCAGCGGGAUGCUGUGAAGAGAUGAGGGAGCUCAAAGCCCAGGUUGCCAACCUCAGCAGUCUGCUGGGUGAACUGAGCAAGAAGCAGGAGAGCGACUGGGUCAGUGUAGUGAUGCAGGUGAUGGAGCUGGAGAGCAGCAGCAAGCGCAUGGAGUCACGGCUCACGGUGGCCGAGGGCAAGUACUUGGAGAUGAACAACCAGAUUGACAUCAUGCAGUUGCAGGCAGCCCAGACCGUCACUCAGACCUCGGCAGAUGCCAUCUAUGACUGCUACUCCCUCUACCAGAAGAACUACCGAAUCUCUGGAGUAUACAAGCUUCCUCCUGAUGAGUUCCUGGGCAGCCCUGAGCUGGAGGUGUUCUGUGACAUGGAGACUGCAGGCGGAGGCUGGACCAUCAUCCAGAGACGCAAGAGUGGCCUUGUCUCCUUCUACCAAGACUGGAGACAGUAUAAGCAGGGCUUUGGCAGCAUCCGAGGAGACUUCUGGCUAGGGAAUGAACACAUCCACCGGCUUACCAGGCAGCCAACACGGCUCCGUGUGGAGCUAGAGGACUGGGAGGGCAAUGCACGCUACGCAGAGUAUAGCCACUUUGCACUGGGCAAUGAACUCAACAGUUACCGCCUCUUCCUGGGGAACUACAGUGGCAACGUGGGGAAGGAUGCCCUCCUCUACCAUAACAACACAGUCUUCAGCACCAAGGACAAGGACAAUGACAACUGCUUGGACAAGUGUGCACAGCUCCGCAAAGGUGGCUACUGGUACAACUGCUGCACAGACUCCAACCUCAAUGGGGUGUACUACCGCCUGGGGGAGCACAAGAAGCACAUGGAUGGCAUCAGUUGGUAUGGCUGGCACGGAGCCAACUACUCCCUCAAACGGGUGGAGAUGAAGAUCCGUCCAGAAGUCUUCAAGCCCUAAGAAGCCUGCUGCAAUGCAGAGCUAUGGAAGUGAGACAUGUGGAGGGCUGAGGGGGCAGAGCAGGAUGGGAGGAGGGUGGAGAAAGGGCAGGAAGGGAAUGGUCUAUCAUCUUCAAUGAAAAGCCACUCUCCAAGGAGCAGGACAGAACUCUAUCUGUGCCGCCAAUGUGAGCACAUGCACAUACAACAGAACUACAUAUACCAAACAGCACUCACUAGCAAAUGGCAACAGUCAGUAGACCCAGUGGGACCUGCCUCGGGUGCCCCGGGGAGGACUGCGUGGGUCCAGAGAGCAGCAGCUCAUCUUCACAUGACUUUCCUAUGGGAAACAGUAAUCUUGGGGUCACUUUACCCAUUUUCUCUAACAGAGGCUUAGACAAAAUGAGGAAAAGAACAAAUGGAAAGAACUGUUGUAAUCUCAGAGGAGAGGCCUUGGGCAACAAGAGCGGAUGAUGACGAGGAGGCUUUCUCUUCUUAAAUCCCAUGACAUUCCUGUGUCUAUAGGAUUUGUUUUGUUUUUCUUUUUGAGAGAGGGUCUCUCUACAUAGCUCUG